GGCGGGGCGGCGGCCGUGCCGGGGAUGCGGGGCGCGGGGCCGGGCGCGGCCCGCGGGGCGCCGGGGCGGCCGCUGCUGCCGCCGCUUCUGGCGCUGCUCCUGCUGGUGCUGACGCCGCCGCUGUGGGCCGGGGCCGCCGAGCCCUGCUCCGCGCCCUGCGCCUGCCGCCGCGGCCUGCUGGACUGCAGCCGCCACCGCCUGCCCCGCGGCCCCGGGCCGCUCCGCAUCCCGCCGCUGCCCGCCGGCACCACCGCGCUGGAUUUAAGUCAUAAUCAUUUGUUGUCAUCCAACUGGAGCAUCAAUCUGUCUGUUCAUACCCUACAGGAAGUGAAAAUGAAUUACAACGAGCUAAGUGAAAUUCCGUAUUUUGGAGAAACCACUUCCAACAUCACUCUCCUCUCGCUGGUACACAAUACCAUUCCAGAAAUAAAUGCUGAGCAACUCCAAGUUUACCUUUCAUUGGAAAAUCUAGACCUUAGUUCUAAUCUCAUCUCAGAAAUUAAAGCUUCUUCUUUUCCACGGAUGCAACUGAAGUACCUGAACCUGAGCAACAACAGGAUAACUACUCUGGAAGCAGGCUGUCUCGAUAACUUAUCCAGCUCACUGAUGGUGGUGAAGCUGAACAGGAACAGGAUAAGUGUGAUUCCACCAAAGAUCUUCAAACUGCCUCACGUGCAGUUCCUGGAACUGAAAAGGAACCGGAUCAAAAUAGUGGAAAGCCUUACGUUCCAAGGACUGGAAUCCUUAAAAUCCUUAAAAAUGCAGCGCAACGGGAUUAGCAGACUGAUGGAUGGAGCGUUCUUUGGCCUGGGUAAUAUAGAAGAACUGGAACUGGAACAUAAUAACUUAACAGAAGUAAACAAGGGCUGGCUGUAUGGUCUGCGGACGUUGCAACAGCUCUACGUUAGCCAGAACGCCAUUAGCAGGAUCAGCCCAGAUGCGUGGGAGUUCUGCCAAAGACUUUCUGAGCUAGACUUGUCGUACAACCAGCUCACUCGCCUCAAGGAGUCUGCCUUUGUGGGACUUGGUCUGUUGGAGAAGCUAAACCUGGGUGACAAUCGCAUCAGUCACAUUGCUGAUGGUGUGUUUAGAGGUCUGACCAAUCUCCGAACCUUGGAUCUGAGGAACAAUGAGAUCUCCUGGGCCAUUGAAGAUGCAAAUGAAGCGUUUAUGGGACUCAGCAGGUUGGAUAAACUAAUCCUUCAAGGAAACCAGAUCAAGUCAAUUACCAAGAAAGCAUUCUCUGGUCUUGAAGGACUUGAACACCUAGAUUUGAGCAACAAUGCAGUAAUGUCCAUCCAAGAAAAUGCAUUUGCCCAGGCGCACCUGAAGGAGCUAAUCCUGAACACCGGCAGCUUGCUGUGUGACUGCCAGCUGAAGUGGCUGCCCGAGUGGCUGAUGGAGAGUGGGUUGCAGCAGGCUGUGAACGUCAGCUGCGCUCACCCAGAGUGGUUAGCAGGGCAAAGCCCGCUCAGCGUGGACCCUGACGACUUUGUCUGUGAUCACUUCCCCAAGCCGCAGAUCAGAGUCCAUCCUGAGACCACAGUUGCCCUGCGAGGCAUGAACGUGACGCUGACGUGCACGGCGGUGAGCAGCAGCGAUUCGCCCAUGUCCACCGCCUGGCGCAAAGACAGCGAAGUGCUGUACGAUGCCGAGGUUGAGAAUUUCGCUCGGUACCAGCAGCAGAGCGGCGAGGUGGUCGAGUACACCACCAUCCUGCACCUUUUCAAUGUGAAUUUCACCGAUGAAGGGAGGUAUCAAUGCAUCGUCACCAAUUACUUUGGCUCCAACUAUUCCAACAAAGCCAAGCUGACUGUCAAUGAGCUGCCUUCUUUCCUAAAAACUCCCAUGGAUCUCACUAUCCGCACUGGGGCGAUGGCCCGGCUGGAGUGUGCUGCGGAGGGACACCCUACCCCCCAGAUCUCCUGGCAGAAGGAUGGCGGCACAGACUUCCCUGCUGCACGAGAGAGGAGGAUGCACGUCAUGCCCGAGGACGACGUGUUCUUCAUUGCAAAUGUGAAAAUCGAAGACAUGGGAAUCUACAGCUGCAUGGCACAGAACGCGGCGGGAGGGCUGUCAGCAAACGCCACGCUGACGGUGUUAGAAACACCUUCCUUUGUCCGGCCCCUGGAGGACCGCACGGUGACCCGCGGUGAAACGGCUGUCCUGCAGUGCAUAGCUGGUGGCAGUCCCACCCCUCGCCUCAACUGGACUAAAGACGAUGGCCCUCUGGCUGUCACCGAGCGGCAUUUUUUUGCUGCGGCCAACCAACUCCUCAUCAUUGUGGAUGCUGGCCUAGAGGACGCUGGGAAGUACACGUGCAUUAUGUCCAACACGUUGGGCACCGAGCGUGGCCAUAUUUACCUGAACGUCUUGGCUUCCCCCAACUGCGAUUCUUCCCAGAGCGGCAUCAUCCACGAGGAUGAUGGCUGGACCACAGUGGGCAUCGUGAUCAUCGUUGUGGUGUGCUGCAUCGUGGGGACGUCCCUGGUGUGGGUGAUCGUCAUCUACCACAUGAGAAGGAAGAAUGAAGAUUACAGCAUCACUAACACAGAGGAGAUGAACCUACCUGCAGACAUUCCGAGCUAUCUGUCCUCCCAGGGAACUCUGUCGGAGCCUCAGGAAGGCUACAGUAAUUCCGAGGCAGGGAGCCAUCAGCAGCUGAUGCCUCCAGCUGGUAGCUAUGUGCAUAAAGGCACAGACGGUAGCACAGCGCCGCUGGUGAUCUGCUCCGACUGCUACGACAACGCCAACAUCUACUCCAGGACACGCGAGUACUGUCCCUAUGCCUACAUCAGUGAAGAGGACCCCUUGGAUCAAACACUUCCAAAUCUCAUGGUGCAGAUGCCAAAGGAACCAUACUCGGCACGCACCCAGCAUGAAACCAGUACCCUCGAUAACCUUUUAGCAGACAGAGAUGUGUCUGUCUUCCUUGCCAGCCGUGACAAAAUAAGUGAAAAGAGAAUCUCCUCCCAGCAGAUUAACGAGCCCUUCCAGCUGCCUUUGUGGGGAGUGAGCAAAGACCUGGUGCUCCCUUCCUCAGCCUUUCUACAUCAGCCAUCAGCCCGGGAGACCCCGCGACCUCUUCGCAAUGAGGGCGUUAUCAACUGUGACCGGGACCAAGCUGCCUCUUCCAGGCCUUGCCCCAGGUUGUGUGAACAUAACUGUGAUUUUAACAGGACACGGAAUGUUCAUGACUACGGUGAGACCACGUAAGACGCUAAAAUGAAGUCAUGAACACAAAUCCACAUCGCCAGACUCUCUGUAUUCGCUACCUCAGGACUAACCCCAAGACCAAAGAUACCUGUGUGUGCGUGUGUCUGCAAUUACAGAGUGCGAGUCCCUAGGAGGGGGCGGCACAGGCCCUUUCUCUUUGGAUUUCUCUGUUGGAAAAUGGGGAUGUGCAACAGAACACGUGGGUGAUCAAUGCUGUCCGUUGAAACAUAGGUUCUGUGAUGCUGAAGCAGCCUUUGUGUUGGUGCAUGCUUUGAAAACCUCUCAAGAACACGUAGCUGUUCCACGCUGCGUUGUCUGCUUGGAACAAGUGUUCAGGGCCUCCUCAUGGAAUUCCCCAGCAACUGUCAGCGUAGAACUCUGGGCCAGCUUUUCAAUCCCUCAGCUGUUGGCAGGCAUCUGUUCCCAGUCUGACUUUGGGGCUUGAUUUCUCCCAUGAACAACAACUCCAGUUGUAAAUAAACUUGCAUUUAUAAAUAUUUUGUAUACACGAAGCAUAUAAAAGUGUGGGCUGUGCUGUAAAUACGGUUUUUAUUAUGCCAAAGUCUGUUAGCCUCGACAGCUGCCUAUCAAGCCAUAUGGAUUUCGGGGAAGCUGGUUUUGGAGGGGACAGAGCUGUCUUUGUUUUGGAAAGCAGGGAGUUCAUGUUAGGUAUGUGGUGAAGCUGUGUUGAGUCCUUAAAUCUCCAUUGUCUGCCCAGCAGAGCCCGCGUUAACCAACAGAGCUAAGCUGCGUUCUGGGCUGCAGCAUCCAACUCCGAACAAGAACAGUACACAGUGUUUCCUUCUGGUCCUCUGGUGAAAUAGCACUGAGGUGGGAGUUCUGAGUGGUUUGUUUCACGAGUUUAUCGAAGCUUUUCUCUUUAAAACAGCUUUUGCAUUGCGUGUGCUGCCGAGAGGUCUCCGUGUAUCCAUCCUAGCUGACAGUUAAAGGAGCCUUUAAUAAGAAUGUUGUGAUGACCACCAUCGGAUAAACUGGGAGAGUGUCUGCUAAAUGAUCUGUGAACUGCACUCGUGUUGUAAAAUAGCAGGGAAAAUGGUUCCCAUCCUGAACUCUUGGUUCCUGAGGCCUCAGUGUGGCCAGAAUGUGUACAUUUGGCAGGUGAGGGCCAAGACAACAUGCGGGGCACUGCUCCAUCUUGGAAAUCUAACCCUUCCUGGGGUAAAGGAAAUGUGAACUUCAUUUGCCUUGACCAAACAAGGAGGAAGAAUGUUAUAAAGACUUCCUGAAAAGAUCUUUCUUCUGGGAAGAUGCAUUCAUGUGUGGCGGGACUUAAGGACUCCUCGGUCAUGGGUUGUGCUCAGUGCUGGAGCACUUCGACGUAUGUGAUGCUGUGCGCUCACCCCUCAAGAGCAAGGGGCUUUCCUCCAAGUCAUCAUUGUACUUUUCCACAUGCACUGAAGUGAAAGCAGCCACAUGGUGUGUUCUUGUAAGAUAGCGAAACCUUCCUGGAGUAGCUGGAGAGAGGGAUGAGGCUUCCUAUUGGGCAGGCAGGGCAUGUGGUCACUGCUGGGACUUCUAAGACUGGGGUAAAUCCGAGUAAAUGAGUGAGGAAGCACUGAGAAUAAGGAUGAUUUUCCCCCAGCUCUUUGAUUGUGAAUAAUGGGUCUAUGCAAAUGAAGAGAUAUUAUUAAGGGCUCUUACUGUGCUCUCAAAGCAACAGUGGUUGCUUUGAUAGCCAACAGCUUUGGUAGGAAGAGGAUCUGGUUGUCCUUGACCUUUGGAUGAAUUGGAGGGAAACAGGUGUGUUAAACUCUCCUUGGGCUCUGACAUCUGAAAUGUUUUAAUAGCGCAUGUGUUGAAAGAACAAUCUUGAGUUCGUGCCUUUCUGGUUCUACUUCUUCCAGGCUUUUCCUUUCCAGACAGCAUUUGAGGCCUGGUGCUGACAUUCAACUUGAAGUUCUCUGUGUUGCAAAGACCCGGUACUGUUGGUUCAAAUGUGGAUGAGAGGUCCAGGCAUGGAACCACAGCAGCAGCAAAGUUUUGGGCUGCUUGUCGCUCCCUCCAGCUCUUCACACCGGCUGCUGUGGCCGAGUGCUCCUUGGCAGGCACAGAGCCGUGAUCUCCCAGUAGCGGAAAAAGGGCACCCCUGUGGCUGCUCUGUCUCCCAUCAGCAUUUGGAAAAGGCUCAUUACGUUCCCUUCCAUCCCUCUCGGUGGAGCCGAGUUAAUGCAGCUGUAUGACAGCACUGCUGUUGUGUCUGGAUCUUGAGUGUGCUUUGGGCACGGCUCCUUGGCGUGACUGAAUUCCCGCAGGGUAAGCGCAACGAGCUGGGCCAAAGCUUUACAAUCCUGUCUGCACUGGACAAACUCCUGUGCCAGUUCUUGAAGCCCUUCAAGAGCUCCAACUGCGCUCAGUGCUGUGAGAUAUCGCCCAUAAAAGCUGCCAGUGUUAAUCGUGACAGUUACAUCCUCUUGUGAGCAAUGGUAUCUCCAGAGCUGGUUGUGAACAGCUGGAGCUGGUGAGCAGGGGAACCCCUUGCUGUGCUCAGCACUGUGGGAAAGCUUUCCAGGCAGACUUGGAGCAAAUAUCGCCUCGUUCUGCUUUCCCCGUUCCUUCAGGAGUGCGGACACGACAGGGUGUGCCCACCCCGUUCCCAGUGAACGCAAACAGCUCCUUCAGCCAAUGCCAAAGCAGCGUCAGUACGGGAACGGUGUCCGUACACGAAGCCGUGCCUGGUCCCUCUUGCUCUUCCCUAGUGUCUAUUUAUAUUUUUUCCAUGUAAGAAUGUAUAUUUUGUACAGCGUGUGUAAUAUAUGUGUGUCUGUUGAAACAUACCCUCACUCAAUAAAGCACUAUCCACAUUGGGCAUGCAGCGUGACGGUGUCU